AUGGCCAGUCUGCGCAUGGAAUGUGCCGCAGAACUGCACCAUGACAACACGCCUGGCGACGCCCCUGGCAACGCCCCUGGCAACGCUGCAGCGGGACGGUCUCAUCAGCCGCAAGGGGAGGAGGGCGGAGUGGGAGGGAGGGGCUCAAAGAGGAAGACGAGCAGUGAGCACUCAGGAGGCCAGAGGAAGAGGAGCAAGAACACCGAGAGUGAUGUGAAGGAGGAGAGUGCUACAGACUCGCCCCCCUGUGAGAGUGUGCCCCCCUCUACCUCUGCCCAGGCCCUGGUACAGGGGGACGUCCCAAAUAAUGUCAACAAACCCCUGCACUCUCCAACCACCCAGGACAGAGGUGCCGCAGAACUGCGCCAUGACAACGCACCUGGCGAUGCCCCUGGCAACGGCUCUGGCAACACGCCUGGCAACGCGCCUGGCAACGCGCCUGGCAACGCUGCAGCGGGGCGGUCUGAUCAGCCGCAGGGGGAGGAGGGCGGAGUGGGAGGGAGGGGCUCAAAGAGGAAGACGAGCAGUGAGCACUCAGGAGGCCAGAGGAAGAGGAGCAAGAACACCGAGAGUGAUGUGAAGGAGGAGAGUGCUACAGACUCGCCCCCCUGUGAGGGUGUGCCCCCCUCUACCUCUGCCCAGGCCCUGGUACAGGGGGACGUCCCAAAUAAUGUCAACAAACCCCUGCACUCUCCAACCACCCAGGACAGAGGUGCCGAAGAACUGCACCAUGACAACGCGCCUGGCGACGCCCCUGAUGACGCCCCUGGCGACGCUGCAGCGGGGCGGUCUGAUCAGCUGCAGGGGGAGGAGGGCGGAGUGGGAGGGAGGGGCUCAAAGAGGAAGACGAGCAGUGAGCACUCAGGAGGCCAGAGGAAGAGGAGCAAGAACACUGAGAGUGAUGUGAAGGAGGAGAGUGUUACAGACUCACCCCCCUGUGAGAGUGUGCCCCCCUCCACCUCUGUUCUACAGGUCGUGGUACAGGGGGACGAACCAGAUGUCACUGAAGCCCCGCCCUCUCCAACCAGUCUGGCCAGAGACGCAUUUGAGGAAAAGUACGUUCAGCUGCACCGCCUUGGCCGGGGUGGCUUCGGCACCGUGUACGCUGGGUUCCGGAGGCAUGACCAGCUGCCGUGGUUCAACGGGCAGCUGUGCGAGCUGCCGCACGAGGUGCAGAUGCUCCUCCUGGCCACUGGGGGCGACCCGUCCCCGCGGGGCAUCGUGGGCCUCCUGGAUUGGUAUGAGACGGAGAGCGACCUGCUGCUGGUGCUGGAGAGGCCCAGCUCGUGCACGGACCUUGACAGCUUCAUCCGGGACAGAGGGGGAGCUCUGAGGGAACAGGAAGCCAAGGUGAUCAUGAGACAGCUGAUCGAGGCGGUCCAGACGGUGCACAGCAGAGGGGUUCUGCACCGCGAUUUAAAGCCGGAGAACGUUCUGGUGUCGUUCAACUGCACGUGCAUGUGCCCGGGAUCCCUGCGCCUGCACAUCCUGGACUUCGGCUGUGCCUGCCAGCUGCAUCCUGGGUAUUACAACGAGUUCUGGGGCACCCUGCUGUACUCCGCCCCCGAGUGGAACCUGUACGGCUUGUACCAGGGCGAGCCCGCCACCGUGUGGCAGCUGGGGAUAGUGCUUUAUGAAAUGGUGUGCGGGCGCCUCCCCUUCCGCAGCCGCCUGGAGAUCGUGGGUGAUGAGGUGUACAUGCGGCACGACUCGGUGCUCCGCCUCUCCAGGCCGUGCAGGGACCUCCUGCGGAGAUGCCUGGACAGGCAGCCCCAGGGCCGCCCCACACUGGAGGAAAUGCUGCAGCACCCCUGGCUGCUGUAA